AUGAUCGCCAAAUUCUUUGUUGUCCUCGCCAUUACCGCCGUCGCCUCCGCUGGAGUGUUACCAUUAGCUGCUGCGCCAGCUGCCCUGGUAGCACCCGCUGCAGCGUACGCCGUUGCCCCAUACGCCAGCUCCUACUCCGCACAUUCUGUUAACCAUGCUGUUGCCGCACCUGUAAUAGCAAAUGCACCAGUUGUCGCACCAUACGUUGCCGCUCCAGCACAUGCAUCACAUGGCUGCUGCAUCACCCUACGUCGCUGCUGCAUCACCCUACGUUGCUGCCCCAUCUCCAUUAGUUGCUCCAGCCUCCCCAUACCUGUCAGCUAG